CAACCCGGGAGCCUCAACCAGGGAAAGGAGAGAGCUUCUGAGACAAAGUUGGGGGUCAACCCGCCGUUGUGAUUUUCUCCAAACAGAACAAUAUAGUGAAUGCUUGUCUUUUCUAGUCUGCCUUCUGCCUUUCUCUGAUGACUACACCAUUACUGUCAAAAGAAGAAAAUUCCAGUUAAGGUAACUGUGUUUAACUACAUGGUAUUCUGGUUAUUGAACAGUUUCUUGAGGCUUUAGUGCAUCAACAUGAAAACCUAAUCAUUUUAGAGAACAGAGUGAAAGUUUCUGGAACAGCAAAGCAGACGACUAUACCCUGAAACAUGGUAACCACACUGAGCCAUGGCCAUUCUUUGGCUCUGCCUGGGUGAUCAGUCAGCUUUACUAAGCAUGUUAUCACAACUACAGCACUACCUACCCUCCUGCAUGAUUUUGGUAUUACACAGUUUUCAGCUGUCCUUCCUAGCUCUUCAACAUCCACAAGAACAGCCUUUCAUCACGGGGUUUCAGGGUUCCUCCAUCUUCUAAACUCCAAGGACCCUCUUGCAAACCCUGACUUCAUUCAAUUCAACUGAUAUUUAUUGAGAAUGGACUGUGUGUCAAGAACCUUGCUAAGGCUCCUGAAAGACAAAGCUGAAGAAAUCACAGUCCUCUUUCCUCAAGAAGCUCAUACUGUAGCAGAAGAGACAAGCCCACAUGUGCAGGCAGUCACAUACAGGAGGACUGUAGAGCAUAGGGAUUAAGAUGGUGGGCUCUUGGAUCAGGCAGAUCCAGGUAUAAAUCCCAGCUCUGUGACUUCAUGACUAUAGACAAAUUACUUAUCCUUCAACUUCUCCAUUUGUGGAGGAUGAUAACAGUACCCACCAUACUGGGCCAUUAUGAGGAAUAAAUGAAAUAAUGCUUGUAAAGUACUUAGAAUAGUCCCUAACACACAGUAAACUCCAGUACAGUUGUUCCUCAGUAUUCUCAGGGGAUUAGUUCUAAGGACCCUUCUGAUACCAAAAUACAGGGAUAUUCAAGUCCCUUAUAUAAAAUGUCAUAGUGUUUGCAUAUAACCUAUGCACAUGCUUCCAUAUACUUUAAAUCAUCUCUAGAUUACUCACAAUACCUAAUACAGUAUAAGUGCUAUGUAAAUAGUUGCCAGUAUGUGGCAAAUUAAAGUUUUACGUUUUGGAAUUUUUUCCCAAAUAUUUUCAAACUGCAGUUGGAUGAAUCCACUAAUGUGAAACCCAUGGAUAUGAAGGGCUAACUGUAUAACUUAGAAACGCAGAAGGUAGGCUCAGAAAUCAGAAUACCAUAGUUGCAAGCCUAACUCAGCCACUUGCUAGCUGUAUCAUUUUAGUUAUUGAACCUCCCUACUUCAAUUUCUUCACCCAUCAGAUGAAGAUGACAAUAGUAGUGUUGUGUAUAUAAAAUGGUCUUAUAUAUAUAAACAUUAAAGACACAUAGUAAAGCACUAGGAAAAUCAUAACAUGAAAUCUUACAUGUCGCUCUGAUGGCCUACAUGCUCCUUUCCAGUUUGUCCCCUGCAGUGGUUCUCAGGAGCUCAUCUAUAAAACCUCUCAGAAUUGUUGGAGCACUGUAUGGACACUACUCAUUAAGUAAAGGAACUUGCUCAGUUGUGUGUGACAGAAGUCAGAUCCAAAAGACUUAACAGAAUCAGCAAAUGAAUGGUGUGUGGUCAAUCAGAAUUGAACAGGACCCCAGCCUUCUAACUUGGAUAACUUCUUCCCUGGUGUAAAUGAGAAUCUUGUCUCCAUGUUAGAAAUAUGGAGGAGACUGAGAUAUUCUAUGGUUGCUAUAGUUAACAAAAAGGAGGCAUGCAGGAAGGGUACUGGAUAAAAUCUCUGGAUUUUACUGAUGAAGCUUUGACCCCCAAAUCUCACUGUGGAACCUAUUUCUAGUGAACAGGCAAGACCAUGUGUGAAACAGGAUGUCUCCUUCUGCUUAGGCUUGCUUUCCCUGGGUUCCAUCCAGUCCUAGGAACGUAAAACAAAAGGAAGAAACAAGAGGAAGACCUAAGCAUCUACAGAGAGAUUCUGAAGAGAGAACAUACAGAGAAAACCAAAAAAAAAAAAGAGAGAGAGAGAGGGAGAAUCCAGAAAACCUUGCAUUGGAAAAAGGCAGUCUUAUGGAGCCCCCACUGAGCUCCAUAAGAAUGGACCUUUCAUCUGGAACACUUCCUUACUGAGGGUUGAAGACCCUACACAGACUGUGCCUGGUUUAUUACCUUGUAUGGGAAUAUCUUUCCUUGUUUCAAUCUCAAAUAAGUACUCUUUUUCUCUGCUUAAAGCAUGUGCAACCUGACCAACCCCACUGUUAUGACUGUCGUCUAAGGUGAGGGGACAGGGUUCCUUUCACUGAAGCAUGAAUGGGUUCAUUGCCUAGGCUAAUUACCCUAUGUCAGCAGCGAGGAGAGAUCCACUAGCUAUGGAGGAUUGAUGCCCAUUAUUGAAGCCGAUCUUGCUGUGCCUCUUCUCUAUAUAUUUUCUUUGCUGUGGUUAUCUAUUUCGCGACCGCCUAAAUUGAUUUCACGUCCCGCUAACGGAUCGCGAGGCAGAGUUUGAAGCAAACGUUUUAAAUAACCGGUCGCGCCUGACAAACUCCAAGGUUAGCUUGCCUCUAACCCAUCCUUUCCCGGACCAGUCAGCGUCCCGCAGCUUUGGUAACCUAGCAACCAGGCAGCGCAGACGACACUUCCGGGACCCCGGGCCGCAGUUGUCCAAUCAGCUCUGCAGAGUCGCCGCCGAGGCUGAUGGGGCGCCGGAGACUGCGCUGCCGCUAGCGUCUGCACCAUGGUGACUGGCGGCUGUGGGGCUGUGGUGGCAAUGGCGGCUUGGUCUACCUUAUCCGCUGCGGGUGUGACUCUGUCCCUCUUGUUGGUCCUCCCUCGCGUUUCACAGGCUCAGACUUUCUUCUUCCCUUUCCGACAGCCAGAGACGUGCGGCCACAACCAGUACUUCGAUAUCUCUGCGCUCUCCUGUGUCCCGUGUGGAGCCAACCAGAGGCAGGAUGCCCGAGGAACUUUAUGUGUGUGUCUACCAGGAUUUCAGAUGAUCUCUAAUAAUGGAGGACCUGAUAUUAUUUGUAAAAAGUGCCCAGAAAACAUGAAAGGUGUUACUGAAGAUGGCUGGAACUGUAUUUCUUGCCCUGGUGGUUUAACUGCAGAAGGAAAAUGCCACUGUCCCACUGGCCAUAUUUUAGUGGAAAGAGAUGUUAAUGGAACGUUGUUGUCUCAAGCAACUUGUAAGCUCUGUGAUGAAAGUGAAAACUCUUUUACGGUAGCAAAUGCUUUAGGAAACAGGUGUGUUCGAUGUGAACCAACAUUCAUCAAUACCAGCAAGUCCUGUGUGUGUUCAGAACCUAACAUUUUAACAGGGGGAUUAUGUUUCAGCAGCACAGGGAAUUUGCCUCCACGUUUGAUUUCAGCUGCACGUUUUGGAGAGCUUGGCAUAUCUUUCACUUCAGAAUGGUUUGCAAAGUAUUUGCAGUCAUCAGCAGCGGCUUGUUGGGUGUAUGCCAAUCUAACAUCUUGCCAAGCUCUCGGAAAUAUGUGUGUGAUGAACAUGAAUUCUUAUGACUCUACCACUUUUGAUGCAUGUCGACUAUUUCAGUUUAUCUUUGAAAAUACUGCUGGACUGGGCACUGUCCAUUCUGUUUCAUUUUGGAGACAGAAUCUUCCAUGGCUGUUCUAUGGAGACCAGCUAGGAUUAGCACCUCAAGUACUCAGUACUACACCUCUUCCUACAAAUUUCAGUUUUAAAGGGGAAAACCAGAAUACAAAACUGAAGUUUAUUGCUGCUUCCUAUGAUGUGAGAGGAAAUUUUCUCAAGUGGCAAACUUUAGAAGGGGGUGUUUUACAGCUUUGUCCAGACACAGAGACAAGGCUAAAUGCUGCUUAUUCCUUUGGAACAACCUAUCGACAGAAUUGUGAGAUUCCUAUCUCUAAGAUCUUAACUGACUUUCCCACUCCUACAUUUUAUGAUGUGUACCUUGAACAUACUGAUGAAAAUCAACACCAAUAUAUUUGGGCUGUGCCUGUGUUAAACUUAAAUCUUCAGCACAAUAACAUAUUUGUGAACCAAGACAGUAGCUCUAGCAAGUGGCUUCUGACUCGGCGCAUUUUCUUAGUGGAUGCACUAAGUGGACGAGAAAAUGACUUAGGAAGUCAGCCAAGAUUGAUUCGAGUUGCUACCCAAAUAUCACUGAGUAUCCGCCUUGUACCCAACACAAAAAAUGGAAAUAUCUACCCUCCCUUAAUUACCAUUUCCUAUAGUGACAUUGAUAUCAAAGAUCCCAACAGCCAGUCUGUGAAGUUUUCUUUCUCAGUCACAUAUGAAAUGGAUCAAAAAGAAGCACAUGUCCAGACUGAUAUUGCUUUGGGUGUGUUGGGUGGACUAGCUGUUUUAUUGUCUCUUCUGAAGACAGCAGGUUGGAAGAGACGCAUUGGGAGUCCCAUGAUUGAUUUACAGACAGUUAUAAAAUUCUUGGUGUACUAUGCUGGUGAUCUGGCCAAUGUUUUCUUUAUCAUCACUGUGGGAACAGGUCUUUACUGGCUUAUUUUCUUCAAAGCACAGAAGUCUGUCUCUGUUUUGCUACCAAUGCCGGCUCAGGAAGAACGUUUUGUUACUUAUGUGGGAUGUGCUUUCGCUCUAAAGGCUCUGCAAUUUUUGCAUAAGCUCAUCUCCCAGAUUACCAUAGACAUAUUCUUUAUUGAUUGGGAGCGACCUAAAGGAAAGGUUCUUAAAGCUGUUGAAGGUGAGGGUGGUGUUCGGAGUGCUGCCGUUCCCGUAAGCAUAUGGAGAACAUAUUUUGUGGCAAAUGAAUGGAAUGAAAUACAGACCGUGAGAAAAAUUAACCCACUCUUUCAAGUUGUGGGAUUCAAGAACUUAGCAUUAAUGGACUCAUCCUCUAGUCUUUCCAGAAGCCCACCUAGCUACAUAGCUCCUUAUAGCCGCAUUUUGAGAUAUGCAGUGUCUGCUGCUCUUUGGCUAGUCAUUGGAAUUAUACAGAUCGUGUUUUUUGCUGUCUUUUAUGAGAGAUUUAUAGAAGAUAAAAUUCGACAGUUUGUUGAUUUGUGCUGUAUGAGUAAUAUAUCAGUGUUUCUGUUAUCCCACAGAUGUUUUGGUUAUUACAUUCAUGGUAGAUCAGUACAUGGGCAUGCUGAUACUAAUAUGGAAGAAAUGAAUAUGAAUCUUAAAAGAGAAGCGGAAAAUUUGUGUAGUCAGAGAGGUUUGGUACCGAAUACAGAUGGUCAAACUUUUCAGAUUGCAAUUUCUAGCCAGAUGAGACAACGCUAUGACAGAAUUCAUGAGACACUAACAAGGAAAAAUGGCCCUGCUAGACUAUUGAGUUCAUCAGGAAGUACUUUUGAGCAGAGUAUAAAAGCAUAUCAUACUAUGAAUAAAUUUCUUGGCUCUUUCAUCGAUCAUGUUCAUAAGGAAAUGGACUACUUUAUAAAAGAUAAAUUGCUUCUUGAAAGAAUUCUUGGAAUGGAAUUCAUGGAACCAAUGGAAAAAAGCAUCUUUUACAAUGAUGAAAGUUAUUCUUUCAGCAGUGUUCUGUAUUAUGGAAAUGAAGCCACUCUUCUUCUUUAUGAUCUGAUGUUCUUCUGUGUUGUGGAUUUGGCUUGCCAAAAUUUUAUUUUAGCAUCCUUCCUUACAUACCUACAACAAGAGAUUUUUAGAUUUAUUCGUAAUACAGUAGGACAGAAGAAUUUGGCAUCCAAAACAUUGGUGGAUCAAAGAUUUCUGAUUUAAUUUAUUGAAUAGAUAAAGACAAUUAUAAUCAUGGCCAAAAAAAGUCAUGAUUUUCAGGUUAGUUUGCCAUGUUUUUUAAAAUUUAUAAUACAACUUAUUCUAUUUUUAUUUGUUUUUUAAUCUACAGAAAGAUUUAUUUUUAUAACUUGUAGAUACAUAACUUGCUUUGUGAAUAUGUAGUGUGAUACAAUUGAAAACAUUGUUUUCCUGUUAUGCAUGGUAUUUAAUUCACCAGCUCAUAAACUACAUAGCUCUGACAGUGGGACAAAAAAAAAUCUAAAUGUUGAUAUCAGCAUAACAUUUUUUUAAUGAUAAUCAAAACAGUCCCCAUCAUUUGUCUCUAGAUUAUUUUAUAAACUAGAUUUGGCUGUAUUUUCUCACAUUGAAAAAAUAUUUGAUUUCAAGUUCAAGCCUAGUUUUCAGUUCAGUAUUUUAUUUUACAUAUUUUAUGGUUAAAUAAAUGUUGAAAAUAUUUUCAAGUUUACUUAGAAAUUUGGAACUGUAUUUGGGCUGAAUCAAUUUGCCUCAUUUUAAUUGUUCAUCCUGUUUGGCAGUGGACCGAUUCACUAUUGGAUUAAUAGGCACCUCAUGAAAUGGUACAUAUUAAUUCCUUUGUAUAUCUGUAUUAUGAGGUCAAUAUAUUCUUUCCAUAAAGUAUGUUUAUGUCUCUACUAACAUUUACAUUAUUGAGCUGUAAUAUGUGACAUUUUCCCCAAUAUACAUUUUUAUACAUUUAUACAUUACUUAACAUUUUAAGAGCACUCCCAAAGUUUUGCUUUUUAGUUAUGUUUAAAGAUUAUAAAUAACAAAUAAACUGUUGAGUUAUGUUAUGUUAACAAGGUGACUUAUUGAAAGCAAACUUAGGCUUCAUAAGUUAGUAAGCUUGUAUGUUUUUUUUUUUAAGUAAGGAAAAAAAAUAUGAGGAGCCAAAAUAUAAUUAAUGUAAAUCCUGAGCCACGUAGCUAAUAAUUUCCAUGAAAUCAUUUUUCUUCAAUACGCUUUUUAAUAAUCUUUUUCAUUGUGUACCAUGAACUUGAAAGUCACCUUAUUUCAAGUAUGACGGUCAUUAACCCCCAGAGCAACUGGCCUUCUAUGUUAAUGCUGUGUAAAUACUUAAAUGUAAUGCUGUAUAAAUAUUGUUUAUAUUACUGAAUUGAAAAUAUAGAAUAAAAUAUUUGGUGUUUCUCUUU